AUGAUGUCGUCUCACUACAUCAUCAAUGAGUUCCGUGGUCAUUUCGGCCGCAACUGCGAACCAUGGCACGAGACUGAGCCGUACAACUUCGCGUACGGAAAAUCGAAGUACAUCUCGACCGAGGACAUUCCAAGAAUCAUGAACAUGCGACUGGCACAGGUCAUGAAACCACGAAAUCUGACCAAGCGGGAGAAGGACGAGAACAUCCCCAGAAACAUCGUCUCACUGCCCAACGUUCGGUUCUACGACGUCCAGAAACACCACUUGGUUCUUGAGGCCUUCGACGGGAAGGGUCCUGCCUGCAACCGAGUCAUGAACCGUCUCGGCAUUCGGUACAUGGACGCGCGGAUCCAGCUAUAUAAAGACAGGCACCACGGCGGUCACAAUAUCAUCCACAAUGCCGGCAAUGACACUGCCUUCCAGAUACAAAUCCUUUUGGCACUCAAGUAUAUGGACCCGCAACUUUUCGAGCGCUUCCGACAGGGAUAUAGUCUGGCCGAAGGCGACGAUGCCCUUCCUUGGCUGCCAUACACAUGGUCAGGACGUCACAUCGAUCAGGUGAACAUGCUCCAGGAUCUUUCUCUUGCACCAAAGACCAAGAGAUUUCUCGAAAAGGGCAGGACAGAAGCGCAGCACAGCAACAAUGAAGUUGAUCAAGUCCUGUAUGAGAAGCCGAAGAAGUCGAAAAGACGAAGAUCAAGCGUCUUUUCUAAUAGUCAAAUCUAUGGGAGCGAUAGCAGCAGGGCCGUCGGUGGGGAUACUUUAGUAUAUGUUUAG